GAGCAUGCACUUCAGUCCACCUUCCUCGUUAGUUUUCAGGUUCCUGAUUUCCAAGCUGGAUCCUCAAAUAUGUCAACAGUCUCCACCCAGACGACCUGCAAUAGCAGCACUUCAAUGGCCCCCACCUUCUUGCUGGUAGGCAUGCCAGGUCUGUCAGCUGUGCCCUCCUGGUGGGCCGUCCCCCUGGUCACUCUCUACCUCCUUUCUGCCCUGGGAAACGGCGCCAUCCUGUGGAUCAUUGUCAUGGAGCGUGCCUUACACCGACCGAUGUACGUCUUCCUCUCCCUGCUCAGUGCAUCGGACGUUGGCUUGGCCACCGCCCUAAUGCCCACCCUGCUGGGCCUUGCUCUUGCUGACGUUCACGUGAUCUCGGCCUCGGCCUGUCUCCUCCAAAUGUUCUUUGUCCAUGUUUUCUCUGUCAUGGAGUCUUCUGUCUUGCUCACAAUGGCCUUAGACAGAGCACUGGCCAUUUGCCGUCCUCUCCAUUACCCCACACUCUUCACCAGUGGUUUUAUCAGCAAGAUUGUCCUGGCAAUUGCUUUCCGAUGCCUGGGUCUCCAUCUGCCCCUGCCUUUCCUGCUGGCUCACAUGCCCUACUGCCGCCCACAGGUCCUAACUCAUUCUUAUUGCCUCCACCCAGAUGUUACCCGACUGGCCUGUCCAGGAACCUGGGGCGCAGUCUACAGCCUCUUUGUGGUCUUGUCAGCCAUGGGAUUGGAUCCCUUGCUUAUUUUUUUCUCCUAUGGCUUAAUUGGCAAGGUAUUGCAAGGUUUUGGAUCCAGUGAAGAGCGUUGGAAAGCCGGUCAAACCUGUGUGGCCCACCUCUCUGCUGUGGUCCUCUUCUAUGUACCCAUGAUCCUCUUAGCUCUCAUUGACCGCCUUCGGUUGCCAGUACCUCAGUCUGCCCACACUCUUCUCUCCUAUGUCCACUUCCUGCUCCCUCCAUUGUUGAACCCUAUUCUUUACAGUGUCAAGAUGAAGGAGAUCAGAGAGCGAAUACUCAAGAGACUGCAGUCCAGGAAGGUGGGUUUUUCUCCGUGA